CUUGUAUGCAAGAACCUUGCAUGCACGGCGGAACGUGCCACGAUGUUCCUACUUCCGUAAACGAUGUCAGAGGGUAUAUUUGUUCUUGUCCAUGUGGUCGUUGUGGUCGUGAUUGUAAGAAACUUCAUUUUGGCCAUGUGGAAAGAGCAUGCAUAUACCUCUUCAAUGCUGGAUACCAGAAAGUGAAAAGCCCUGAAGAAUGCAUGUCAUUUUGUUGGGAUACUCAAGGCUGCAGAUCUGCAGAUUAUAUCAGUAAAGAAGGAGCCUGUUGGUUAAACUCCGUUACAGGAGACGAAGAACCUCUUACGAUGGACUGUGAUCAGUGGUAUCCUGGAGUAGCAUACCUGUUUUUUAACUGCACUUGCUGAUCUCCUUACUAAUAAAAUUUCAUAUUUGCUAUCAACAUGCAUAGGCAAAUCUUAAUUAAAAUAAUACACAGGCUGAAUGAAAAAUUUUAAGACUGACUCUAUUUCUCUUCCCGAAUAUUAGGCAUGGCAACCUUACACAUCUGAACCUGCAAUUGGACAGCAAUGAUAAUAGCUAUUAUUUACAGCGACUGAAAGCACUUGGUACGUUUUGUAGUGGUGGGUUAGAAAGAAAUCUUUAUGACUACAUCUCAGAGAUAAGAUACACACAUAUAUUGAUUGAAAUUUUGAGUUAAACUUACGCACAGCCAUCAUAAAACAACUUAAAUGCUAGAGCACGUUUUCAUUUAGCCGUGCUUUAGUCCUUCAGUGAUGGGAGCACUUCAAUUCUAUAAAACUAGUAAAAACGUACGUGACUGAUAAAGUACGUUCUGGAAAGUUAUACACUACAGUUACGGAUGUCAACCAGCUAUAAGUAGUGCAUCCAAGAGUAGGCAGUAAAGCGUGACUUAUGUAAAUGCCUUGAAAAAUAUUUGCGUGGUGUCAUAAAGACUGGAUUUGCUGAAAAAAAAAUAACAGUGGUUUAACUCUAGGACAAUGCUAGGUGCUGCUGCUAUGGCAUUGACAGCACAUCACGGGAGAAGAUGUUCUCUUUAGAUAAGAUAGCGAAAGACGCCAUGCUCUCAGUACUAUGUCAUGAAACAGUCUAUAUCAUAUUUUUAAAAAGCAUGAUGAAAAAAUAUAAUUUAGUGAAAAGAACUGAGAUUUGAAAAAUUAAAAAAGGGGGAAAAUGUGUAGAAUACAUAGGAUUAUCUAAUUCUGAAAAAGAGAAACAGUCUUAAAACUUUACAAUCAGCCUAGGUAGUUUUGAAGCGCACUGAAGUUUACCCAAGUAUUUCGGGAAGGAAAAAAAAAAAAAAAAAAAAAAAA